CUGCGCGCUGCCAAGACACAAGUUGUGGCGGAAGUAGUCGGGUAGUUUGUAAGAUCUUGCUCACUGUACACGAACCCGGUUACAGGAAGGCAACACGGCCAAUGGGAUAUGGAGUGUCUUCCUGUAAGUCUUGAUGAUCUUGAGUGCAAGAAGGAGCCAGUCAUAGAGGACCCAGAACACAAUGUGUACACCAGGUUUAUGAAGUCCCAUCGGUGUUAUGACCUCGUACCUACCAGCUCCAAAUUGGUUGUGUUUGAUACAUCGCUUCAGGUCAAGAAGGCAUUUUUUGCACUUGUUUCCAAUGGGGUGAGAGCAGCACCACUGUGGGACAGUAAGAAGCAGUGCUUUGUUGGUAUGCUAACCAUCACCGAUUUUAUUAACAUCCUUCAUCGGUACUACAAGUCUCCAUUGGUUCAGAUAUAUGAGUUGGAAGAGCACAAAAUUGAAACAUGGAGAGAGGUGUACCUUCAAGACUCUUUCAAGCCCUUGGUUAGCAUAUCACCCAAUGCAAGUUUGUAUGAUGCAGUGUCGUCUCUGCUGAAGAACAAGAUCCACAGACUGCCUGUGAUUGACCCCCUGACAGGAAACACUCUCUAUAUUCUCACGCACAAAAGGAUUCUCAAGUUCCUGAAGCUUUUUAUAUCAGAGAUGCCCAAACCCUCGUUCUUGGGUCAAACUUUAGAAGAACUGAACAUAGGAACAUUCCGGAACAUCGCGGUGGUGCGUGCAGAUACACCACUGUACACGGCACUGGGUAUUUUUGUUGAGCAGCGAGUGUCAGCGCUCCCUGUUGUGGACGACAAAGGUCGAGUGGUGGACAUUUACUCAAAAUUUGAUGUCAUAAACCUGGCAGCAGAGAAGACGUACAACAACCUGGACGUGACUGUGACCAAAGCCUUGCAGCACCGCUCUCAGUACUUUGAAGGAGUACUGACCUGCAAUAGGCACGAGACCUUGGAGGCCAUCAUCAACAGACUGGUGGAGGCCGAGGUGCACAGGCUGGUGGUGGUAGAUGAGCAGGAAGUGGUGAAGGGAAUCGUCUCACUUUCAGAUAUCCUCCAGGCACUAGUGCUUACAGAUGGGGAUGAGGGCACCGCUUGAGGAACAAACAAGGAAAAGCUAUAAAGUGUUAAGUGGAGACCAGAGCAAAGGGAGAAAGAACAGGCAUGUGAGAGGGAAAUUAUGACAUUAUACUGAUCAUCAUCAUCAUCCAUCUCACUGUAAACAUUGCUAACAUAUAUACACAAUUUUCCCUCUCUGCAAAAAUAUGAAGUUCACUAAGUUUCAGCAACUCAGCAAUAAAUAUUGUAGUACAGGACAUAUCAGACCUCAAAUUCCACAUCACCCGAGUGAGCCAAAAAAGACAUAAAAGCACAAGAAACUUCUGAAGAGGAGCUGGUGCCGCUCAGGAUGACCAGCAUCAUUCCUCAUCUGUGGCUGCUGUACUGAUCAGCAAAGAGGACCAUCACGUAUGACUUAUGAAGGUAUUCCAUAUAAUAUAAAUGAAUUGUUAGAAAAAACAAAUGAUCAGUUACCAGCUAAAGGAAAACUGAUUGUAAAGCCUGUAUUGCCUUUUGUUGGCAGCAUUUCUUCUAUUUGGAUCAAGGCAGAUCUGGAUACAAAUCAUUCUAAGUGUAAUUUUAAACACUGCAUAACUUUCUCAGAUCAACGUUUUGUGUUUGUUGUUGUUCUGGCAUGUUAAGACAUUCGCCUCAGCCCUGUUCUUUAUUAACAUUAUACAAGAAGUGAGAUGUUAUCCAGCUCAAACGAUCUUAUUCCCCUUCCAGAUCGCUUGAUUCUUUAAAUUCAGAUGGAGUUUUUUUUGUUUUGUUUUGUUUUGUUUUGUUUUGUUUUGCUUGACCUUAAACAACUAAAAUUUGCACAUCCUUUGUGUGAAGCUUUUACAAAUGAUAUAGUUUACCAUUCAAACACUAGGCACACCUUGAAGACUGUCAAUAAUCUGCACCUCAGUUUGAUUUGAAAUGUAUUUAAUCAAUGUUAAAAUAAUCAGCCAUCAGUUAACAUGAUUUGACUAAUUUAACAGACUUUUAAUGCUCAUUUUUUGUUUCAAAUCCUCCUUCAACAUUCGGACUGGAUCAAUUUAAGGCCACCUCCAAUUAACCGUAAAAAUGGGUUUUAUGUUCAGUUAACACAGUUAGCGGCGUGGAAAGAAUUCAGUGGCUCAGGUUGUAAUCUGUUGUGUAGCCAGACAGCAAAGUAGCAAACCUGGAACCUAGCACUUCAGGCUCCCUAGACCAUCUCACUGCUUUAAGUCCAGAGCAGCAUCAGCACGUCUGCUGUUAGAUGACUGUUAAUUGUGCUGUGUUCUGCUUGAAUGCAUAACGCCAACAUAUUUAUGGGUUUUCUGUUAUGCCAGUUUGUUUAUUUUUAACGAAGUAUAAAGGAUUAUACAACUUACUUUAGAGACAUAUUCUUCUGCUUGUUUUGUGACCCACACUUUGUGGUUUUGGCAUUAUUAGCAGUAAAGGGAUUUGUUUAUUGCUUCAGUGCUACUCACAUUUUAUUUGGAAAAGUGAUCUUUCACUUGAGUACUAAUGGUCAAAUUACCAAUCUUUGAUAUUAUUCAUUUGCAACAAACCUGGUUUGUGAUUACUGUUGUUGUGUUAUGUUAAUGUCAGUAACAACAUGUUGUGCGUUCAUCAGUUUUCUUCUCGUCUUUAUCAAAAAUCUCUAAAUGCCAGCAUUUCCCUUCCAUUUCCUUCAGAGGAUAAGCAAAGGAACAUUUCACACUUCCUGUUUUGGUAUCCAUGAAAUGGAAUAUGUACAACUGUAUGUAAUUGCACAGAUUUUGUACUAAUCUGCAUCGAGAUUUAAUUUAAAGGAUGAGCAAUAAAGGUUCUUUGAGAGUU